AUGGCCGAGGGAACUCAGCUCACGAGCUGGUUCGAGACCGCAAAAGGCGAGGUGCCUCUGCCUCUGACAGGCCCCUCACUCUCCCUCUCCCCCGUUCAACCCAGUACUGUCUUUCUCUUUGGCGGCAAAGUCGUUCCCAUUCGCCGGUUAACAGCCGAAAUGUGGGCGUUCGACCUGGCCCGGCGAACAUGGUCGCGCGUCAACGCUGGCAACGGCCCUGGCGCGCGCUAUUUCCACUCGAUGGAUGUUUGGGAGGACAAGCUCGUGUGCUUUGGCGGUAUGAGCGACGCCGACACGCUCCUCGUCCACAACGACGUGUGGAUGUUUGACUGCCAGUCACGACGAUGGCUGCCACAACCGUCUCCCGAGGCGCCUCUCGGCACACCAACCGGCCUGCCGCCAGCAGUGCAAGACGCCUCCAUCGUCCCGCAGGCGCGUUACGCCCAUCUCAGCUCGGUAUCUAGGGAACAGCUGGUGAUCUGCGGCGGCCAGCGUUCCGACAACACCUGGAUCUACGAGAUGAACAUUUACGACCUUGCGCGCGGGGUAUGGACGUCCAAGACGGAGCAGCCAGAAUCUCAUGGCUUGCAUUCCAAGGGUGCAUACCGCAGCGUUGCCGCGUCGUCGACCCAGCGCGUCGUUAUGCCGACUGCCGACGCAGUGACAGGCGCCCCCGCACUGUCCUACUCGGUUGACGAGGAGGGCGGCGGUGGCGACAUCUGGUGCUACUCCAACUAUGACUUUGCCAAAGUCCGUCGCGAGCUGGAAAUUGUGUCACCACUGGAUGGCGCGCCAGAUACACCCACACUGUCAGACAAGUUUGUGUCCCCACCAUUAUUCAACAUGGCCGACGUGUCGGGCAAGAUGACCGGCGCAUCCCAACCGCCAGGACUCCGCUUCCCCGCCGGUGGCAUCAUCGGCAACCAUUUCAUCCUCUGUGGCCUGUACCUGGCAUCGACGUCGGCCGCAUUCUCCAUCUGGGUUCUGGACAUGACAACCCUGGUCUGGAAGCACAUUGAGCCACAAGUGCUCUCCAGCGGAAGCUGGAACCGCGCCGUCCUGUGUACCGACACUGCACGCCUGCUCGUGUUUGGCAACUCGCAGUCCGACUUGGCAGCAGACUAUGGCAAGCGCGCAGUCAACCUCGACCACAUGGCCGUGAUCGAGCUCGAGGCCUACGGCAUCUACCGCCCGCCAAAGGCCAUCCUCUCGGAACGUAACCAGGACAUGGGCUUGACGAUCCUCGAGGAGAACCUCGUGUGCGACUUUGACAUUGUGUGCGAGGACGGUCGCAGGAUAAAGUGCUCGCGCAGGCUCCUCAUGGAGCGCUGGCCAUGGUUUGCCGAACAGCAGGCUGCUUUGAUCGCCAGAGCUGCCGCUAUUGUCAAAGAGAUGCCCGCGCUUGACAGUAACGAUGCCUUCCUCGGUUCGCUCAGCCCUGCGCGCUUUACACCCGACUGCCUCCACAUUCCCGAGCCCCUCCCCGUCUGUGUGGCUUUGGUCCAGUACUUUUACACCUACAACCUCUCGACUCUGGUCCAGACGCGCGCGCCCGUGCUGUCGGCUCUCCUGUUCUUGGCCAAGCAGUACAACAUGGAGCGCCUCAACCAGCUUGUCGUGCACGCCCUCCACAGCCGUUUGGAGGCAUCCACCGCAGUCGGCGUGUACGAGGUGGCAACACUGGCCGGCGAGCGAAACCUCGCCGCACGCGCCCUCCAGCUCAUCCACAUGGCCAAGAAUGGCUCCAGCAGCCGUCACCACAACCGCCGCCCGGGGUCCGUCAUGACCAACGACGGUAGCCAAGGUUCCGCUACCCAGACUCCUCCACCAGCAUCGCAUGGGUCCCUCCCGGACGCGUCUACGCAGGCUGCCCCGUCGACUACGAGCCACGACAGCGGCGACACGGCUGGCAAUUUUCGUCAAACCCGCGUCCGCUGCGAGUCGUUGACCAUCCCUGUUGAUGAUGUGGUCGCCGGUCUCGAGGCCGAGCUUGCGUCUGCUGGUCGCUCACGACCAGACGUGGACAAGCUUCUCGAUGCGCUCGACAUGUCCACCGCUCCCCCUCCUUCUCCCAUCAUUCGGCCUGUCCCGUCCACACUGUCGCCUGGCGCCCACUCCCUUUCGCGUUCCACCUCGCUCUCCUCUGUCGCAUCUGCGCGUCUGCGCGCACGGCCACCCCUUUUCCCUCCCCCAGCAAGGCCGAUCCCCAUCCGCCCCGUGGACGGUCUCUUGACACCACCAGCACUUAUCACCCCGCUCACUGCGGAGACACUGCGUGCGGCCAGCCCGACCUACUCGGAUGCCACCUCGACGUGCCCGCGCACUCCUUCCGACUCGACGCGCAACUCGCGAGACUCGACGUACCUCGCCGACUCGCCAGUGACCCCCGUGUUGCCAGAGCGCCGCCCAUCGUUCACUGGCACUCCCAUUAAACAGUGCCUCCCAUCGCUCCCCGAGGACGAGCAGCUUGUCGACGACGCGUCGUCGUCGAGCUUCUCCUCGGACAUGUCCGAUUACGGACGCAACGUCCCCUCUGUCGCUGUCGUUGUCGACGACACGGCCGUCGACGCCCCCGAGAUCGGAGGUAUCCUCUUGGGCCAGCAGUCGCGGGCUCUCCGGGCACUCCACCCACAGGGCAAGCUCACGCGCACGGCCUCGCUCAACACGCUCGCGCUCCGCCCGCGAUCCUCGUUUGACGAGUAUCCAGUACAGGCCCGUGUGGGCAAGCGCGACGGCGGCCUGGUGACGAGCACGAGCACGAGCUCAAUCGACGUCCUCGCCGUGCCUCCCGAACGCCUGGACUCGCGGUCCGACGACGGCAUCACCACCACCACCACCGGCACGUCGUUCAAGGGCUGGGCCAGCUCGACCGUCACGCUCGUGGCCGCCGGCGCCGCCGCGCCCGGGGGCGCGGGCGGCGCGUACAAGCCCCGCCCGACAUCCAUGAUGGUCAAGCCGGCCAACGCGACGACCGAGGCGGACGAGCACGAGCGUCUCGUCAAGUUUCAGCACUUUAUGGCCGAGCAGCAGCGCGCGGCGGGGAUCCCGUCUGCCGAGGCGCUCGCCGUGGCCAAGCGGGCCACGGGCAAGGCUGGCCAGCAGAAGAUGACGCUGAAGCGCCUCGGCCAACGGCUCGUGGGCCGCGAUACCUGGGGCAGCAUGGACAUGGUCUAG